AUGAAUAUAGAAAAUCUACAAUUUGUAAGUAAAGAAAGAAUAUUUAUGAAUGAACCAGUGUUAGUUAGUAUUGAAAUACCAGAAAAUCUACAAAUAAUCAAUGGAAAGAAUAUUUUCAAGAAAGAUAUUAAUAAAUUUAUUAUUCCAUCAUCAAUUACUAAAUUAGAUGAUUGGUGUUUUAGUUAUUGUUCAUCAUUAAAAUCAAUUAAUAUUCCAUCAUCAAUUUGUGAAAUAGGAACUUGUUGUUUUUAUGAAUGUUCAUCAUUAACAACAAUUAAUAUACCAUCAUCAAUUACAUCAAUAGGAAAAGAUUGUUUUUAUGAAUGUUCAUCACUAACAUCAAUGAAUAUAGAAAAUCUACAAUUUGUAAGUAAAGAAAGAAUAUUUAUGAAUGAACCAGUGUUAAUUAGUUGUGAAAUAUCAUAUAAUCUACAAAUAAUCAAUGGAAAGAAUAUUUUCAAGAAAGAUAUUAAUGAAUUUAUUAUUCCAUCAUCAAUUACUAAAUUAGGAUAUCGUUGUUUUAGUAAAUGUUCAACAUUAAAAUCAAUUAAUAUACCAUCUUCAAUUACUAAAUUAGGAGAUGAAUGUUUUUCUGAAUGUACAUCAUUAACAUCAAUUAAUAUACCAUCGUCAAUUAGUGAAAUAGGAGAUUGGUGUUUUUAUGAAUGUUAUUCAUUAACAACAAUUAAUAUUCCAUCAUCAAUUAGUGAAAUAGGAACUUGUUGUUUUUAUGAAUGUUCAUCAUUAAAAUCAAUUAAUAUACCAUCAUCAAUUACUUCAUUUGGAAAUUAUUGUUUUUAUGGUUGUGGAUGUGAAGAAGAAUUAAAGAAAAAUAAAACAAUACCAAGAAAAUGUUUUGACAAAAGGUAUUGA